AAAUAUACACUUUUGGUAACGAUAAACUUCUAAAUUAAAGCCUCAGUCUAUAUCUGUACUGUAACAAUAUUGUUAAGUGUUAGAAUGUUAAAACUAGAAGAAUACUGUAGUACUUCCGGUACAUGGCCAUAACAGCUGACCACAUCCGGGAUAAACUCAUUAAGGAGCUCGGGGCAGUGCACGUGGAAGUGGAAGAUACAUCACCAAACAGAUGUGCUGCCAGCUACAAAGUCCUGGUGGUGUCAUCCCAGUUUGAGGGCAAACAACUGUUACAGAGACACAGGAUGGUGAAUACAUGUCUAGCCGAGGAGCUGAAAGAGAUCCACGCUUUUGAACAGAAGACCCUCACACCAGAACAGUGGGAGAAACAGAAAUCACAGUGACAUACACAUCAAACCCCCUGUAGUUUAACAUUUCUACUUUAAAACAAGCCUCAUACUUCUCUGUUGUGAAAGAACAAAUAAGUAAAUCAGCAAAAUUGUUGCUAAUGCAGCAGAAUGUUGUGGUGCCAAUAAAACCUAUGGAUGCAGUAAUA